AUGGACAUUAUUUCUGCGCCAUUUACAGGCACAUGGAGAAGAUACUGGAGAAGAAAGCGAUAUCAAAGGCUUGAUGGAGGAAUAAGAGGAAGAAAGAAUAUGAAGGUAAUAAGAAUUGGAGAUCGAGGAAGUCCGAAAAGGGGUUGGAAGAUAAGAACAGUUGCCAAGAUAAGAAUUUUGAAAAUUGUUACUUCUCCAUUGAAGCUUAUUGGGAAGCUGAAGAGCGCUUAUGUUAAUAUGAUGCUUAAUUUGGCUGGAAAUGUUGGUUUGUUGAAUAAUGAUAGUGUUUUUGGAAAUAAAAGGAUUCCAAAAGCAAGGCAAGUUCCUACUUCUGCAUAUUCUAAUGAAGAAUUUGAGGCUAGACUUGUUUAUGAGAUUUAUAAGGCCUUGAAAGCAACUCAGUAG